CACGUUCGCCGUUCACAAAAUACCUCUAUUUGAUUGGAGUAUUAAUCUCAGAUGCAGGGGAAAGAAGAGAGACUUGUUAACCUUGUCCUAGCUCACCGAGUCCUCAGGGCUCAAUGAUCAUGGACUCCUCGAGCUCAUUUAGCACACUGCACAACGGCGGAGCCAGGACAAAGUACAAGAUCGUCGCUCUCUCGUCUGCAAGCGGUCAUGUUCCAAGCCCAGUUAGGCCUAACGAAAACAACCCAACGCCAACCUCGGUCCCCCUUCCGCCCAGAUUUCAAGACGACAGUAGGCGACUAGACGACUAGCAAACAGCACCAGCUGCCGGUAGCAGGGACUAAACAGAAGCAACAAG